CUGAAAUGUAGAUUAAAUAUUUUUAGAAGAAUAUUCGGACGGAAGUUUUACGUGCGUAAUUUUUCUUUCUUAAAAAAAAAGUCGCAUUGGAAAAAAAUCUAAAAGUGAAGAAUGAUGUUAAGUGCAAUAAUUUUAUUGUGUGUAGGGAUUCUGUGCUGAGAGUGGUGACUUUAUUUACAAUAAUUUUUUUGAAUGACCUAAGUUGUCUUUAAAUAAUAAGAUUAAAGUAAUCCGUAUAAUGUCCGACACGGGCUCGCAAUCGCAAGCUACAAAAAGUCAGCAUCGCCGCCAAUUGCGUGAAAGGAAACAACGAAAACUUUAUUCAGAAGAAUGGGCAUUAGGUGACGAUGAUUUAGAAGGCGUGCGUGGCUUUAGUGUAGCUGAAAAAUUAGAAUCUACAAAAUUUGCGCAUAUAGGAAUGGUGCGUGAAAUGCGUGGAAAUGAUUUAAACGUAGGAUUCCUUCAACAAUAUGGUUUCAACAUUCCAUUAUUAAUACGAGAAAAGACCGGUUUGGGAAUACGUGUCCCAUCACCUGAUUUUAGUAUAAACGAUGUACGACUUUGCGUUGGAUCUCGUCGGAUUCUUGAUGUUAUGGAUGUUAACACACAAAAAAAUCUUCAAAUGACUAUGAAAGAAUGGCAGCAAUAUUAUGAAGAACCGGAAAAAGAAAAGCUGUUAAAUGUAAUUUCAUUAGAAUUUUCACAUACAAAAAUGGAUAAUUUUAUACAAAGUCCAGAAAUCGUUCGCCAUAUUGAUUGGGUUGAUGUAGUUUGGCCAAAACAACUCAAAGAUGCCCAAACCGAAGGCACUAAUUCUUUAGGUCAUAUGAAAUAUCCCAAAGUCCAAAAAUAUUGUUUAAUGUCUGUAAAAAACUGUUAUACUGAUUUUCAUAUAGACUUUGGCGGUACUUCUGUUUGGUAUCAUAUAUUAAAAGGCAGUAAGGUAUUUUGGUUAAUACCGCCUACAGAAAAAAACUUGCAGCUAUACGAAAAAUGGUGUUUGUCUGGAAAGCAAUCUGAUGUGUUUUUUGGCGAUACAGUUGAAAAAUGUGCAAGAGUUUAUUUGACUGCUGGUAAUACUUUUUUUAUACCAACCGGAUGGAUACAUGCUGUAUACACACCGACUGACUCUAUAGUAUUUGGUGGAAAUUUUCUUCAUUCAUUUGGUAUUGUAAAACAAUUGAAAACAGCUCAAGUUGAAGACGCAACAAAAGUACCGCAAAAAUUUCGUUAUCCGUUUUUUACUGAAAUGCUAUGGUAUGUAUUAGCGAAGUAUGUGUAUACAUUAUUAGGGCGAAGUCACUUGGAAAAUCAAGUAUCUAAAAGUGAAGACGAAAUUGUCAAACAACCUCACAUCCACUUAACACACUACGAACUGUUCGGUUUAAAAGAAAUAGUUAUGUAUUUGUAUGAUUUACCAUCUCACAAAAAAUGUGUUCCUGAUUUAAUUAAAGAUCCAGUUGCCCUUAUAAAGGAUGUGAGAACACUUGUCGAAAAACAUUGCAAGGAUCGACCGGAGAUGGCAAUAACUGGGGUGUCUGUGCUUCAACCAGAAGCACGAAGCGUUGAGUACAAAGUUUAUGAUCGUGUAGCUUUAAAAGCUAUAAUUAAGCAAGAAACAGAAGAUGGUACAUAUAUCCAGCAUCAAGAGUUAAAAAAUUAUGCGUAUAAAGCAGAGGAAGGUGGCAGUAUUAUGACUGGUAAUGGAAAUAACAGCAGCAGUACUGGUAAUAGUAGUGCUAGUAGCAAUAACAGUAGUAAUGACUCUGGUACUACAUCUGGAGCUGUAGAAGAGUCAUUGUUAAAUAUUAGUGAGCAUAAAAAUUCUAGUACUUUUAACCCGGCUCCAUUAAAUGAGGACGCAAAUUUUGUUCAACCGACAACAAUUACUGGUACAACAUUUUUAAAAACGAAAGCAUUAAGAAAAUUACACAAUUUUAGUGGAAUCAUAGUAGAUGGAGCGGGUAAUGUUAUUUGUGAUUUGAAUUCCACCAGUAAUGGAAAUCAAAGUUAUGAAACAGAUACGACACCUAUAGUUAAUGUUCAAAAUAACACAGCUGUUACAUCAACAACAAACUUGACAAAUGUUAAUAACAUUACCGUAACCUCAAAUACUAUUAGUGUAACAUCCAAUACCUCUAAUGGUCAACCUAGAAGGCGGCGAACACGUUGUAAAAUUUGUGAGGCAUGCCAAAGAUCUGACUGCGGUGAAUGCAGUUUUUGCUUAGAUAUGGUUAAAUUUGGAGGUCCUGGACGUGCUAAACAGACUUGUAUGAUGCGCCAAUGUUUAUCUCCUAUGUUACCAGUGACAGCACAAUGCGUGUAUUGUCACUUAGACGGUUGGCGGCAAACUCCAGUAUCACCACAAGCAAAGCAGUUGGCAUCUCUUGAGGGUCCUUCAUCUUUGAUGGAAUGUUCUGUAUGUUACGAAAUAGCUCAUCCAGACUGCUCUCAAAAAUUAGCACAAAGUGUGAAGGGAGGUAUUGUCAACGAAGAUUUGCCCAAUAGUUGGGAAUGUCCCUCUUGCUGUAAACUUGGCAAAAAUAAUGAUUAUAAACCAAGACAUUUUAGAGCUCGUCAAAAAUCGUCAGAGGUACGCAGAAUGUCACUAAGUAAUGACGCUUCAACAAUUUUAGAGAACAACAAAAGCGCUCAUGUAGAUAGCAACACUUUAGUUAAUCAUAAUACUUCUUUAUCAACAUACCAUCAAGAAAAUGCUACAUCUGGCGAAUCAGAGUUAGAUAUUUUUACAAAAGAUAGUACAAAAUCUUCGGCUAUAAUAAAGGCAGAAAAUUAUAAUAGUAAUAAUAAUAGUAGUUGGGGUAGUAUGAAAUAUCAAAAUAGUGUUGACGAUUCUAGUAAUGAACAUUAUUCAAACAUGGCGAAACGCAGAAAAAGUGAUGAAAACAGCUUAUCUAGCACAUUGCAAGAUAGUAUGGACAAUUCGGAAAUAAAUCCUAAUGCUCCACGUAAAAGAAAUUUGGCUCGAACCCAGUUAGCUCAGCAAAUCAUUUCCUCAACAACACGUGCUCUAAAAAAACCACAAUAUAUUGUGCGACCUGGACCUUUGCCGGCCCUUUUACCAUCAAUAAAUCCUGUUCUGGAUCCAACAGUUGUAAAAUUAAUUUUUCGUUAUUUGCCUCAAGAAACACUGGUAACAUGUUCAGCAGUUUGUAAAGUAUGGUCCAAUAUAUCAGUAGAUCCUGAUCUGUGGAAAUGUAUGAAUUGUACCGAGCAUAAGAUGACAGCGUCUUUAUUAACUGCGAUUGUACGACGUCAACCAGAACACUUAAUACUAGAUUGGACUCAAAUUGCCAAAAAGCAAUUAACUUGGAUUAUUGCACGACUACCUGCUUUAAAAAACUUAAGCUUACAAAGCGUACCCAUUCAAACUGUAUUUGCUUUGCAUACAUGUCAAUGUCCACCACUGCAAGUUUUGGAUAUCAGUUUCGUACGUGGUUUAAACGAUUCAGCAAUUCGUGAAAUCUUGUCUCCACCGAAAGAUUCUAGGCCUGGUUUAACUGAUUCAAAAUCCCGUUUACGAAAUCUAAAGACAUUAAAAAUUGCUGGAACAGACAUUUCAGAUGUUGCAUUGCGCUAUAUUACGCAAGGAUUACCAUCAUUAAUACACUUAGAUUUAUCGUCAUGUCAGCGAGUAACUGAUGCUGGUAUUGCACAAAUUGGAACUUGUUCUAGUGCUAUAGGUACUUUAGUUGAACUAAAUUUAAGUGGAUGCCGUUUGAUUACAGAACUAACACUUGAUUAUUUAAGUAAAUGUGAGCAGUUAAUACUGUUAGAUUUACGUCAUGUGCCGUUAGUAACGACGCAAUCUGUGAUUAAAUUUGCUGCUGAAUCAAAACAUAAUUUACAGGUAAAAGAUAUAAAGCUAGUUGUUCCGCGAGAAACAGAAUUGGAUUUGGACUUUUAAUUUUAGGCCUUUUGUUCUAAAAGCUUUUAGAUAAACAAUUACAUCUUUUUUUUUCAAUUCCGAAAAUAACAGUAUUGAGGGCAUGAUGGAUUUAUACAUAUACAUAAGUAUAUAAAACAGAAAAAGUUGAUAUAUAGUAAAAUAUUCCGUGUACGGGAGGCAGAUCUGAUCGCAUUCAUUUCCGUUUAUGUAGUAAAGUAUUUUUACUUAGAUACGUAAAACAAAAUUUAAGGCGGCAAUAAUGUUUGAGUUUGCACUCAACCCGUUGUUUCAAUAACCAAAGCCAUACUCUUUGAAGAUGAAGUAAUGUUCAACAAAAAAACUUACAAAUAUUUCGAAAAAAAAACUAAAUAUGUCACUUUUAUAUGGUGCUGAUUGGAAGAUACAAUUUUUUCGGUUUUAAAACAAACGUAUUUUUUUUUAUAGAAAAAUUGUUUGAGUAUCAAUUUUUUGUUACCUUUUUUAAGGGUUUUAAAAGUAAAAAUUGGGUUUUUAAGUGAAAAAUUAUUAUAACGCCGGAUUAAAAUGUAAGAGAAAUAGAACACAUGGUUUUACCUUUAACAUCACAUGAAACUUUAUCAUGUCUAACAAACUAAUCAUCACUUUAUGCGAUUUAUAGAACGAUCAUGCAAUUAGACUCAAUACGAAUAUUUA